AAAAAAUCGAACUAUAAUUUGGAGAGCUGCUAAUGGAAACAUAUUGCCUUUUAGACAAGUUAAAGGAGACAAUUCAAAGCGAUUUUCGAGGUCUUGAAGAGAAGUGUAAUGAAGCUAACAGCAAGAUUCAGGAUUUGGAGAUAGAAAACAGUCGGGUUAAGAAGCUCAACAAUCACCUUCAAGAAGAAAACGCCGGACAUGCAUCAUUCUUCAAGGAAAUGCCUGCAUGUUAUUGCAUGACAGCUUGGAAGGAAAUAUCUCUUGACUUGAAAAUGUGGCCCCCAAAAGUUAUGAUCCUUCAAAAUAGCAAUAGCGAAAGAACUCUAAACACAAAGGUCUUUUCUUUUGGAAAUUGUGGUAUUUUCGUGGAUUCUUCUUUUUUUCCCAGGAAUGAUGCUGAGCCUGAUGACUGUUCUAUUUUGAAAGACUAUGAGCUGAGCAAGAAGCACAGAAACCUGUCAACCCUGAAGUGUAAAAAGAAAGUUCGAUACAACAAGGUGUCAAUGUCGACAUCUGGAGCACAAGAGGAAACAAAAUCACGAGUUUAUCAUAAAGAUAAUAUGAGUGUCAGCCGAGUGAUUGAAGAGGAUAAAAUGUUAAUGGUGGAUGGUGUUGCUAACCUUUUCCCUGAUGCCAAUGAAAGUACAAAGCUUUACAAGAAUUCUUCUCAGGUCCAAGACAGAAAGGUAUCUGUAGAUGGAAUUUCUGUCCAUCCAGAGAUUCUGCUGCAAGAAACUGAGGACGUCCAUUCAGAAGAGGUUGCUGAUGGCUUCCAUUGCUCAUUGGGAGCCCCUUCAGCAGCAAGUACUCCCUUAGCAGCUGCAAACUCACUCUUGUUUAACUAUGAUGAUGAUGACAAUGAUGCAAGCAUGGGCAUUCUAGACAAGAUCUCUGGAAAUUCGCCUUGUAAAAACACUGUGGAUGCUGUAACCGAUACCAAGGACCUAACCAAAUCCGAAUCUCAGUUUCCUGGAUUUCCAGUAAAAUCCCUUAAUGACAGCACUUUUGCUUCUGUAACCAGUAAUAAGGAUUUACCCAAAUCUGAUUCCCAGUUUCCUGUUGAUUUGUCAUACACUCAACCACAGUCGCCGACCAUUCCAAGCCGCACCCGAUCACUGCAGCAAGACUUGAACCUGACGGCAGACUGUUCUGUGUCGCUGUUACCCCAUGGCGUGAAGAGUGACGAAGAACAAGAACCCAGGUCUGAUUCCCAGUCCAGAAUGAUCAAAAACAAUGAUAAUACAGUUUUCAUAAGUAGAGAAAAUGAAGAACGAUCUCAUCAACCAGCCGAAAAAGGUCACAACCUCAAAGCAACAAAACAAACAACUCUGGAUGCAAAAUAUGUAAAAACAAAAGUAACUUCGAGUGAAAAUGAUACCAAUGCCGCUAAGAGAAAACGAGAAAGUUCAGAUGAACGUGAAGACACCAUAUGGGCAACAAAAAGUAAAGGUUUGAGGAAACAAUUNAAGUCUUGUAGCACCCUCCUCAGCUGCAGUGGGGACAUGACAGGGCCUUACACAAGUGGUAUGGACUUGUUUGACAAUAAUAUGGACGAUCACCGGUCACCAGAUUUGCAAGAAGAAAAUCAAAAACUUCAAGACGGCUCACUGGAAGGAAGUGAUAAGGAAAAUGUUUCGAACAAGAGUGAUGAGGAAGAUAACAAGACGCAACCAGAAGAAAUAGCUACAAACGUGGACAAGAGCCCGCCGAUAGAAUUGAAGAGUUGCGCCUGUGAACCGAACUACAAAUACGUGGAAGUUGUUCGGAAAAAAGAUGAAAGAGCCAAACUGAAUGGCUAUAAAUGCCGCGACUGUCAAGAGUACUACCAGGGUCUUGAUCUUCCCGAGGACGAGCUUAAAAAGCGCUUGAAGCACUGUUCACGUCACCGAGCGAAGUUCUCCCCUCCACCUUCCACACCUCCAGGAUUUUGGAACCUAAGCUUUCCUGACACUCAAGAAUACAUGGACAAAGGCUACCUCAAGACGGAGGCUCAAGCUCCGGCUAAGAAGAGACUUCGGAAAACACGGCGAAACAAGAUCGCAAAGUAGAGACCUGUUCUCCGAAGAUUUUACGGUUGGUACCGGAGAAGAAACGAUGCUGCUGUCAAAUCGCGACGAUCAUCGAGUAAUGAUUAACGUUGAGGUCACGAUAUUUGCCGAGAAUUACAGAGGAUUAAUGAAACAAUGGCAGAAAAAAAGGACGCAUUAAAAGCUUCUGUUAGAUCUA